AUGGCGACACAGCGCACAUCCAACGGCGUCGCCAACGGGCACAACGGGCAGAAUGGGCAGAACGGCCAUAACGGCACCAAUGGCCACAGUGGUUUCCACAGCGACUCAGAACCCGACAGCAUCAGCACAGAUGCCAGCGACGUGAGCCUGGAGAGCAUCGACAGCGUCAAUGGCACGACGACCAACGGGACAAGUAGCUCAAAAGUCAACCCGCGGAGGAGAAAGCGCAAACAGUCCAGCCCGAUGAUGCCGGCGUUCAUGGUGUCGGCACCGGGCAAGGUGAUUGUGUUUGGCGAACAUUCCGUUGUGCACGGCAAGGCCGCAAUAGCUGCCGCCAUCUCGCUACGGUCUUACCUCCUCGUCACAACGCUCUCCAAGUCCAAGCGCACAGUAACGCUCAAAUUCCCCGAUAUCGACUUUGACCACUGCUGGAACAUCGAUGAACUUCCCUGGGCGACUUUCCAACAACCGUCCAAAAAGAAGUAUUACUAUUCGCUGGUUACGGAACUCGAUCCCGAGCUGGUCGCCGCAAUCCAGCCCUUCCUCGCCAAUGUCUCACCCGACAAGCCCGCCGGCAUACGCAAAGUACAUCAGAACUCGGCCGGAUCCUUCCUCUACAUGUUCCUAUCGCUCGGCUCCCAAUCGUUUCCCGGCUGCCAGUACACACUACGGUCAACAAUCCCAAUAGGUGCCGGUCUGGGCAGCAGCGCCACCAUCGCUGUGUGCAUGUCUGCCGCACUGCUCUUGCAGCUGCGAACGCUGGCUGGCCCACAUCCGGAUCAGCCGGCCGAUGAGGCGCGCAUGCAGAUCGAGCGCAUCAACCGCUGGGCCUACGUUUACGAAAUGUUCAUCCACGGGAAUCCGUCUGGCGUCGACAACACGGUCGCAACACAAGGCAAGGCCGUCGUCUUCCAGCGCACCGACUACGGCAAGCCGCCGUCGGUACGGCCGCUCUGGGACUUCCCGGAGCUGCCGCUCCUGUUGGUCGACACGCGGGUGCCCAAGUCGACGGCGCACGAGGUGGCCAAGGUCGGCAAGCUCAAGAACACGCACCCGGUACUGGUGGGCAGCAUCCUGGACGCCAUGGACAAAGUCGCGGACGCGUCGGCCGAGGUGCUCACCGAGGAAGGGUUCGACACGCAGUCCGAGGCCAGCCUGGCGCGCGUCGGCGAGCUCAUGACCGUCAACCACGGCCUGCUCGUCUCGCUGGGCGUCUCGCACCCGCGCCUGGAGCGCGUGCGCGAGCUGGUCGACCACGAGGGCAUCGGCUGGACCAAGCUCACGGGCGCUGGUGGUGGCGGCUGCUGCAUCACGCUGCUGAAGCCCGGUGUCGAGAGGAAGAAGCUGCGUAAGCUGCAGGCGCAGUUGGAUGAGGAAGGGUUUGAGAAGUUUGAGACUACGCUUGGUGGCGAUGGUGUCGGUGUUCUCUGGCCGGCGGUGCUGAAGAACGGGAUGGAUGAGGAUGAUCAGGGUGGGAUGGAGAUCGACCUGGAGCGGUUCCUCAGUGCGGAGGGGAAUGAGGGUGUUGAAAAGUUGGUGGGUGUGCAUGGAGGGGCUGGCGAGAGGGAAGGGUGGAAUUUCUGGAGGGUGGAGAGCUAG